UCAGUGGUCUGGCUGUCUCUUGAGCUGCGACGGUAGGGGUUUCUGCGGGGCGGCGCGCGUGCUGCAGCCGGGUUGGUUUCGAGAGCCGCCACGAUGCCGAAAGCCAAGCAGAAGCAGCGUCGGAAGAAAUAUAAUUAUAACAUCGACCGCAAAAAGCUGAACAGGGCUUUCCGCAAACGCGCGGCGCCUCGAAUAAAAUGUGCUCAAAUCCGACAUGCUUGGGAUAGCACCAAAUCAGUUUCUAAGAACUUGGCAGAAAUGGGCCUGGCUGUUGAUCCAAACAAGGCAAUUCCCAUUCCAAAGGAUCUGAAAAUGGAAAUUGAUGGACCAGGGGCAGAGACAAAAACUGUUAGGAAGCCAUAUGUAAUAAAUGAAUUAGAAUAUGAGGCCAGCUUUCCAGAGAAGAAGUCAGAGACCCUCUCCAGAGACCUUAUUGACUACGUGAAACACAUGAUCCAGAAUCACAGUGAAAACUAUAAGGCUAUGGCUCGUGAUGAGAAGAACUAUUACCAGGAUACACCAAAACAAAUAAAGAGGAAGAUCAAUGUCUAUAAACGCUUCUAUCCUGAGGAGUACCAAGCAUUCAUUGCAUCUUUACAGCAGGAAAAAAUGGAUCAAUAAUUAGGAAAAGAUGAUUAUUUCACCUGCUGGCAUGGAUUUUAGUGACUGAUGCUGCAAAACUGACACUUGAAUUACAUAAAAUAUUGCUUUCUAAAGAGAGAUAAGAAAAUAUCUUACAGGUAGAACUUUGGUUCUCCAUCAGAGUUCUUCCACAGCGUAGAAAGCUUUAGCCAGCUUUCAGAUUUCACUGAUGGCCUCCUCAAGGCAAAAUAACAUUCUUAAAGUGGCAAAGUAUUAUUUUGCCUUGUAGAGACCUCAGUUGACAUAAAUGACUUGUCUAAGCCUUGCGUCAAUAACAGAGCAUACUGAAAGAAUGUGUUGGCUAAAAGGAGCAGCAGUGAAUCUGAGACCAACUUGUCCACUUUGUGAGCAUUUUGGAAAGACAGCAUAGCAGUUUCCUUUCUGAGAAAUAAGAAUAGGACAUCAAGAUUAAAGCCUCAAAACUAGUAAACAUGGCUCAGAAAGAGCUACCUCUACUCUCCAGUAAGGGCAUAGCCCAGAGAGAUGACAACUCUCUCAGUAAGCACUCGUUCAUGGGAAGGAAGAAGUCACUGUCCUGUCUGAUGGCAAUGCUGGCAUGAUGGUUCCUAAUGUGUGAUAUGUUACAGAUUGUCUAUCAAGCCAUCUUUCCUCGAUUUCUUAAAAGUAGAAGCAGUAUUGGUUCUCUGUCUCUAGAGACCAACACUGCAGUAAUACUUUUCAUGCAGCUACUACAGGAAUUUGCAAUUGGUGAAGCUUCUGAAUUCUCUGCUGAAGCACCCUGAGAACACAGGACUGAAAAGUUUUCUAAUCCCAAGUAAUGCCUGCUGAAAAGUGGCUGUUGGCAAUAACCUCACCAUUCAGUGUCCUAUUGAAUUGUAUGCUGGGAUUCCUCAAGUUGUGUAGAACAGAGUCACAUCUUACAACUCAAGAUUUAUUGAUAAAAAAUGUAAACCAUUUCUUAGCAAUUACCUAUUGCAUAUAGGGCUAAGAUCUAUUAGCCAGGUUUCCUAUAUUCUUAAUAGGAUAAAUAAAGGAGGGAGAUGGUUGAAGGUAAAUUCUGCAAAAGGAGCCUAGUCCAAACAAAAAUGCUGUUGUGCCAAGAGAAAAGGGAGUGUCAGAGAGUAAUAGUACAUGCACCAUUUUCCUGUUUAAGAAAAAGCUUGUAACAGCUCCAUUACAUCUAUAGAGAAAAGUUGCCUGAAGAUGGGAUUGGCUUCCUGCACAUGUAGAACUAUGCUUUAAUGUGGAGGUGAGACAAAUGGCUGGUUUUUUCCUCAUUAGAAAUUAAAGAGAGCAUUAUUGGUAGCCCAAACCAAUAAUGUGACCUAUCAAUACUUUGUAACAGCCACUACUGGUUCAUGUAUCAGCUUUUGCAGAGAUAUGUUUUGUUUCUACAAUGGAGCAGAAAUAAAAACUUUUAAGAGCU